AUUAUUUCGGGUCCGCAAAAAUUCGCGGGAAAGCCGAAAAAGUUGACAGUGACUGAUCAACAUGGAGACAGCAGAUCUUGACAUGGACGGGAUUUUUGAUGACCGUGAUGAAGAUGAAGACCUCGGAGCAAUUGGUGCCCUUCCCGACCUUCCAGAUGGUACCCAGCAGGCCUCACAGGAUAUGGAAGAUGAAGAAAAUGCAGAGGUGCUUGCCAGGUUGAAAGACAUUUCAAAAGGAGCAGCGAAAAGGGUUAUUAGACGACCACAGCCAAAGCUUGAUUCCACCAGAUUGACAGGAGACAGGGGCAUACCCAUUCUUCGAAAGACGUUUGAUAAGGUCAAAUUAAAGGGCAAAGGUCAUGAAGCGUCGGACCUGGCUUGUAUAAUGAAGGAGCUGGAACACUGGGGUCACCGCCUGUUCCCCAAGAUGACCUUUGAUGAAGUCAUAGAGCGAGUCGAGAAGCUAGGAGCAAAGAAAGAGGUACAAACAUGUGUGAAGAAGAUACGAAUGGACAUGCCAGUGUUGUCAGAAGACUUUGUAGGCUCUGAUAAGGAGGAUGAUGAAGUGGAAAGGGUCGGGGACAUGGUGGACGCUUUCGACCAGGAUCAACCAGCAAAGAAUCCUAAUGCAGAGGACAUGUGGGAUGAUUUGAUCAGAGUGGAGGACGAACUACAGGAAACAUCAGCCAUGGCCUCCCGGCCUACUGGCCUCACAGCUGGGGGCCAUGUUACCUCCCCUGGAGCUGUGGUGGGUGCAGCUCAUUCUCCUGAAAGGGAAGCAUCUCAGCAUGGAGAGCCAGAGUUUACAGCCACAAGGAUUGAUACACCAGGGAGAGGCACAGCUAGUGCUAAGGCAGCUGAAUGUGGGGGUUUUACCCCAGAGCAGUUGGCCAGGAUAGAGAAAAACAAGCAGCUUGCUCUGGAAAGGAGGUUGAAGAAAACUGGCAGAUUUACACCUGGAAAACAAACAGCAAGUCCAUCCCCCUCACAAAGGCUAGACACAGUCACACAAUCAUCACAACAAACCCCAAGCCAGGCAUCAUCAUUGGUAGACAAGUCUGAUACUUCCUCAACACCAGCCCAGCAAUCAACUUCCCAGGAGUCUGAUUCUGCAGCCUCCCAAUCCUCAGAGCCGCCGAGACUCAACCUCAAGUUGUCGCAGGAUUCACAGGACUCUCAGGAUGGUGAAGAGCAGAUAACAGCAAGUGAAAGUCUCCCUGAGAAGAUGUCAAACUGCGGCGAAAAAGUAGCAAAUGAAGAUCAAAAUUCCGACAACCAGUCUCACCAGAACAAGCUUGGUUCAAAGGCAGGUGAAAAGGAAGAGAGGAAUGACAUGUCUGAAGAGCUUACAAAAGGCUCGAGUCAGAAUAUAAAAGUUAUGGAUCCAAAUGCAAGUCUUGGUCAAAGAAUGGACAAUGAAACUCCUGAGGUCACUGUCAGUGAAAGGUCAAGGUCACAUAGUGGUAGUGAAAAUGUUAAGGGUCAGAAUGAUGUACCUGAUAUGGAAAAUAUUCCUAAUGGAAUACUUGAUUCAGAUGAGGAAAUGUCUGCAGUUAUAGACAAAGAAUGCAGUGAAAAUAAAGUGUUGAAAACAAAAGAAAAUGUUUCCAAUGUUAAUAUGAGCUCGGAAGAAAAGAGUGAAAUUAUUACAGAUCAUCAUGCAAAGAAGACAAAUGUUCUAAAAACGAAGAAUUUGGACAAUAAGGAAAAUGUGUUAAAUGAGGGCAUUGACUCUAAAAAACUGAUUGUUGAGGGUCAAGAAAAUUUAUUGAACGAUGUUGCCAAGAUGGACACUGACAAUUCUGUUGCAAAGGGAACUGUUGAUAUGACUGGUGACCAUGGUAACAAAACAGACAGUGAAAACUGUGAAGUUGAAGAACAGUUGACAGAAGAUCAACUGAUGGACACAUUAGAGAGCUGAGAUAGAAGAAAACAAGUUUUAUAUCAUAGAAUACAAGUAGUUUUAAAGCCAAAAUCAGUGUGUAUGAUUCUUAUAGAUCUCCUGUUAAGGUGAAUAUAUUUUUAUAAAGUACAAAAUGGACCUUGCCAUCUAUCAGAACAUCUCUCUAUAAACCAAUCAGUGUGCGUACCAGUGCAAGGAGAUCGGGUACAAAUCAGUUGAACAAGACUUCAUUCCAGUGGAUACUUGUUGAAAUGGUUUAAAAUUGUUUGAAACACGCAUGAAUAAAUACUGUAUUGUGAAAUGAUAGACUGUUCUCAGUGUAAAAAAAUCAAGGGGUAAAAGUUCUGAAUCUGUAAUAAAAUGUAAAAGCAUACAAUUUAUUUAAAUUUUAUUUGCUACAUUGUAACUGGAAUUGUCAAACUUAAAUUUUAUAUUGUUGUAUUUUUUUAUAAGUAUGGUAGUUUCUCAUAGUGUAAAUUAUGCAUGAUUGUAUGUACUGGUAUAUUUAUUAAAGCAUUAUCAAAACUAAUGUACAUACUAUUUGAACAAAAUACUAAACACAUAUUCCACCCUUGUAUCUUUAGGGUCAAAAAUGAUAUACAUGUGUAUAGAAAUAUUUAGUUCAUGAUAACAAUUUGCAAGUCAGUUAAUAUCAUCCAUGUCAAGGCCAGUCUUAAAGGUCAUGUCAGAUUUUUGUGUCUGCUCCAUAACUC